AUGUCAAGUUCAGAUGAAGACCCAUUCAGGCUGAGCUGGGGCAAGCGAAACCAGGCCCGGCCCGACCCGGCCCGGCCCACGGCCCGCAUCGACCUCGAGCCGAAACUAUUUCAACUCGAGGUCUGGAGGUCCCCUGCGGCUUGGGAUGAAGAGGAAUCGACCUCGAGCUGA